CACAUGCUGUAUAGUUGUACUCUUUGGUUGAGACACUGAUGUAAGACACUAUGGUUCGAGACGCGCGAUAUUAUAUUCUCGCAUUCUCGAAGAAUCUGGUGUAUUCGAAAACGAUCAUGAUCCGAAGCAUUCAUGUUUGAAGGAAGCAUGAAUUGAGAAUUGUUAUCUGGUUAUCCUCAUCUGUAUUCAACCUUCUCUGAUAUGUUAAUGGGAAGGUGACGUUUAUUGUUAGUUUGUUGGUGUUUUGUUAUUUUAAUUUGAAUAGGCGCUAAACAUGUUCGGCGUGCUUGUUACAGGAAGAUUGGUCCAGACAGAUUUUGAACAGGUGUCGCCUACGCGGUGUGUUUCCACAAUCGUAGAUGCUGAUUCCAUUAAUCAUAUAGUCGUAUUCCUUACAGGAAUCCAACCGUUCCCGGAAGGGACAGGCGGUUUAGUUUAUUUCAGUUGGCCAGAUGAAAAUGCUCCUCCAACAUGGCAAUUGUUGGGUCAUAUUUCUAAUGAAAAACCAUCUGCAAUAUUCAAAAUAUCCAACUUGAAGAAAGGGUCUCAGUUCAGUGAAGAGAUGGUUAUGUUUGGUAUGCAACAACAAUCUCACCUGGCACGAAUAGGAAUAUCAGUGGAACCACUGCAAGAGGUUCAGCAACAGUCUGCAAAUGUUGCUAGUGAAAUGAAUAAUGUUGUUCAUUUAUUUGGGCAAAAAAUGCUUGAAAAUUUUGUUAACUACACAAGUAGUUUUGUUGUAUCUCCUGCUCAAAUAAUACCUAAUGCUAAUGAGUCAUAUAUACCUUUAUCUACUAUGCAAACGUGGUAUAAUAAUUUUUUGAGAAAAUUACAGCAGAAUCCCAACUUCUGGAGACUCUGAAUUUGCUAUUAUUAUUAUUAGUUUCCAUUCCUAAAUUUUACAUGCAGUUUGUUAACGUAUUGUGUGUGAUGUUUUAAUUUUUCUUUUACCUCCAUCAUGCUGUGUUAAUGUCACUGUUGUCCUUGGUGCGUAAAAGUAAAUGAAAAUAAGUUCACUCUAUUGAAGAAUAAUAUUACUAUUAGAUAAUAUCUUCCAGUAUUUAUCACGGAUUACUGUACUUUUCAUAAAACAACAAAAAAAGUCAAUUGAGGCAAAAAAAAAAGUCUAUUGAGUCACUGUUAUUGCAACACUGUUUCUGUCAGUCCCUCCUUUCUGAUUAAUUUUUUUUGUAACCUCACUCUUCAGGACCACUAAUGUCUGUGUGUAAAGGGAAAAUUUGGUUGUAGUUGUUACACAUUUUUAUUGUUAUUCCAAGAUACAAGAAGUUAUCUAAAAUAUGAAUGAGAAUGAUAACUUGUUCUGAGAUAAAUAAAUAUUUUCCAAAAGAAGUGUGUUAGUCGUAGAGUCGAAAUACGGAAAAUACUACUAGUGGGACAGCUAUUGUUGAUUAUGAGGAAAUUGGGACUAUUUCAUCAAUCGUGAAUUUUCUUGCAUUGAAGUUGCUUGUUGCAGACUCUUUGCCUUGUACUUUUGAUUACAGACAAAGAGUGAAUUUUAGUCAGACAAUUAUUUCAUGAAAAAUUACUUCUGUAUAUUUGCUUUCUCUUUAAGUGCAUUUUACCUUUUACAUUCUUUUGCUUUCUUAAUUUUUAUUGUAACUUGUAGUUGUACCUACUUGAUCAAUUUUCAAUUGAUGACCUGACAGAAAUAUUUGCUAACUGAAUAAACAAUUUUUCUAUUAUUUAGCCUUAGGUCAAUCUUAUGUAUUGAAAAUGAUGUAUAUUUAUGAAUGUGCGUAAGUAUUGAGAAAUAUUCAUAUGAAAUGUCUUGUUUAAGAUGACCUGGCAGUGGAAGAAUUUGUUAAAUUCCAGCAAAUGCCUCUCUUAUAUCACUAGAAUUUUGAAAGAAGAAAUUUUGCUUUUGUUAAAAAUGUCUUUCAGCGGUGUAAGUAGGAUCCAGCGAAGUGCCCUUUCUGCCUUACAAUUAAAUCUGUCUGCAUUUGAAAAAUGUGUGCUAAUGAAUGUGUUUUUCAAAUAUUUUUCCAUUGUGAAUUAGUAUAUGUUGUUACUAAUUUUUACCAGUGUGAUCGUCAUUUUAUACCAGCUUGUUGAUUUUUUUACCAACACGUCAGGAAUUAAAAUAUGCACUUUUCUUUGCAUAUUGUAUGUGCCUUUUACCUUGUUCACUUUAGUUUUGUACAUUAAUGUGACAAGGCUCAUUAAUUUUUUUAAAGUUUUUGUACACCUGAAAAACUUGAUUAAAAUGUGCAAAUAAGUUACAAUUGUCAGUAUAAAAAUACUGUUUAAAAAUAUAUUAGUAUAAUGUAUCACAAAUUUCAUUCCUGUGAAUGUUCAGGUAUCCUUGUUGUUUACAAAAUGAAUUGGUUUCAUUAUUGUUUUUGCUGCUCAAUGAUUUUUGAAAAGGUUGAAGAGGUUGAGGUUAAGACUGAAAUUUACAGCACUAGUCUUCAUUCUGUACUCAAUAUGUAUACAUAUUCUUUUAUUCAUUUGAUGUUUACGUAUUCUGAAUUUGCAGGAAGUAGCGUGUUUCCAGUUUUAUUUUGGUGCUGUAUUUCUGUGGUGCCAGUGUUGAUAUUUGCCACACCAUAUAUUCCUUCGUAGGAAUCUGUGCUUUGUUCAGAACCAUAUCUUUCUUUCAAAUGUUUAUUUUGUUGUAUUUUUGGCUAAAAGAAUGUGUGUACUUAAGGAAACUUAAACAGGCUUUUACACUCUUCACCUUAUUGAAAUGUAUAUGUUAUUGCUCCCCAAAUAAAAACAAACAAAAGGUAAUAAUUUUUGUGAGGAAAACUACUUGUUCCCCAUCUAGAUCCAGGGAAAGUGAAUGCUUUGAUGUGCUAUUUUUUCAUUCAUAAUGAAAUUUCUUGUAGUUCUAAAAAAUAAACCCUAUGUCUUAGGAAACCCUUUAAAAAUAUUAUUUUGGUCUGGAAGAGACUUCAGUAAGACUACAUUGUAACAAAUGGAUUUCUCGCAAAAAUGUAUUACCUUGGAGCUUUUUCAUUUCAUGAUACAUGCGAAACCAAUGAAACCUUGUUGAAAAAAGUAAAUACAAAGUGUAAAAGAGCCAAUAAGUAAUAAUAUAAUUAUAAUUUCUGAACGUAUCUCUUGUGAGGUGAAUCACAUUUGCACUUACCCAACAUAGUCCAUGUAUCAAGGCUGAUUCACUUGUCCACUAUAAAUGUCAGUGUUAUUGGUAAAACCCACAUCACUGCAAAGCAAAAAUAUUUUUAAGGGGUGUCUGUGAUGUUGAGCUUCCAUCUGGUACUGUUGUGCGAAUCUGUUUUUCAGUUGAAAGACUUUCAGGUGUUGGUACUGUCAAAAUUGUUUGAGAUAAUUGAGUAUAGAUGUGAGUUUAAUUAAUUUAUCAUGUUCUGAACUUUCAGAUUUAGGCUGUAGUAAAUUUCUGUUGAAGUAUAUGGCAAAAAACAAGGAUUAAAUUUUUUUGUGAUAUGGUUUCUUUUACAAAAUCAAUACUCCAAACAUAUCAUGGAGGACUUAAAUGUAAGUGAUACAAAACAUCAAAUUCCAAGAUAUUUCUGAAAACCAGUAAAUGAGUGUCUGUCUCAGUGGAAUGUAUGUGUGUGCUAAGCAAGUCCAUUUCAAAGCAUUUCAUCUCAGAAAGAGAAAUGGAAAAAUUAAAUUAAAGAAAGAAAAAAAAAUUGAUAUGGAGUCGGCAUUUCAGAAAAAUUUUCAUCUAAUGCUUUGUUUUGUAGGCCAGCUAGGUAAAAUUAAAAGCUAUUAUUGAAAUUACCAUUGAAUAAUUUUUAGAUAUUUGGAAGGUAUUCAUGAGGAUCACCCAAGAAAUAUCACAUUUGUAAAAUUAAUUCUAAAGAACUUAUUUUCCUAACACUUAUGAAGCGUAAAAAGUUUGAAUCAUCAGAUGUAUGUCUAGUUGUAGGCUGGGUGGCUAAAAACCUUCCAUCAAAGCAAGUGUGAGAGGGUAGGCAAUUGUCAUCAGCAGGACACUACAAGAAAGCAGGACACUACAAGAAUCAUCAGAUGUAUGUCUAGUUGUAGGCUGGGAUCGAUAUGCUUUGAUCACAGUGCCUUUUUUGCAUGGAAUCUAUUGAGAGAACAUCCAUGUGAUCUCCAAAAUUCAAAGUUCCUUUGAUUUUUUGCAUUUUGGGGUGUGGGGUGACUACAGAGUAGUGAUGCCACUAGACUCAUUGUUGCUGGUUCUCUGGGAUAAUCUGGAACAUCCAAGCUUCUUGUAUCAGUAAUUAUCUGAUCAAGAAAGUCUUCUACUUGUGAAUUAUACCAUGUUUAAAAUGUACUGCAUAUGUUCUGUCUGUAUUUGUUUUGCUCACUCAUAUGUAGGGGAACCCAUCGCACAAACAUUGUAUUGUAGUCAAGAUGUUUUGCCACAAAUUCGCUGAGCAAAGAACAAAAAGUCUAAGGGAAAAUUAUGUGCAACUGAUCCAGAAUUGUAUUUUGUCUCGUUUGUUGGUUACUUGAUUCUUCAAGUUAUUUGUGAGGAGUGAUCGGCAGCCAGGUCAGGCUUCUUAAUACACAAUUGAUUCCCCAUUGGUGAUAAUUUCAUUCCAUGUUCUCUCAUUUCUUUUGUUCAAUAUUGUCUCAGCUUAUAGUUGUCUUACAUAAUAGUACAUUUCUGUAUGUUUUAAACGUCUGUGCAUUCAAGGUUCAAAUCACUUAUCUAACAGUAAGAUUUUCUAUUGUGGUUUAAUUUUGCACACUCUCUUGUUGCACCUGAUUUGUUGGAAACUUCACUCACAGUAACUGAGAAAAUAUGUCAGGGUACCCAAUGGAGCAUGACAAGAACAAGCGAGGGAGGAACUGGUGCACUAGGACUGCUUGAUAGUGUGAUUUGAUAGUGUUAUUAAUUUACAUUUAUUCACUUACACUUGAUAUGAAAGUAAAUUAAGUAAUAGUUUGUUGUUUUCCUGUAGAAGUAGUUUAACAGGUUAUACUUAUACCUAAAUAUCUUUGUAACACUUAAUAACAUUUUCAGAAAAUAUACUGUUAUGUAUUUUCAGUGCAGAUAAAUUAGCUAGAUCAAUGAAAAUUUUGUAAAGUUUUGGUGUUUCUUUUCCUAGAAUGUUCUUGUUUGUUUUAUCGUGUUGUUUGGAGCAACUAAGGAAUGAACACUGUACUCAACCUCUUUAUUCGUAUAUCUUACUCCUUCACAAUUUAGUACUUAAUGUUAAUCUGGUAUGUAGAAGUAUAAUGUACUGAAUGUUCCAAUCCUACAUGCUGUGUGCCUGGAAAGUCUCCAGGACAUAAGAAUUUUAAAAGUAUAAGAUUAAAUGCUGUCAAUUGAAGUGUCAAAUUUAGCAAUGUAUUGUUCAUGCUCUUUAGAAACAAUUAAGAUCCCUGAAACCUAUUUAAGUUAAUUGUAAUUUUUUGGAUAAUCUCUGAAAAAAGCCUAGAACCUGUUUUGUCGACUGUUCACUUGAAUUCCAACAUCAAUAAUAGACCAGGGUCAGUGUUUUCGGAUGCAACAGGUCCUGCUAGUAAAGGAAUAGAAGCUUCUUUAGCUACAUUUAGUGCAAAACCUUAGGUGAAGUUGUUUUGAAGUACUUGUCAUAGACACAUGGAUGUGUACCGGCAGUAUAGUUUUUGAUCAUUCUUUGUAACUCUCCUGCUUUUGGUACCUUUGGAGAUCUUGCUGGUGGUGACUGAGAGGUGGAUCCUUUUCCUUCAUCUUCUAUAAUCUCUCUCUCAUCUUGAUGGUCAGUGCAAUGUAGUGUUUUAUAUAUGCUGAGAACUGAUAAUAGGCCCUCAGCCUCACUGAUUCAUUCCAUAUAUCUAUAGGGAGGAAGAAAGAUUCGUGCUUAAAAGAAUUUGAAUAGGUGAGAUUCUUUGGUGUAUAUACCUGUGAGCUUUGUGAUGUCUCACUUCAAAUAUGUUUUGAAGUAUAAUUUUACUAAGCAAAUGCUGAAAUUGGGCCCAAUAGAUAUGAGAACAUAUAUAUCUUACUUCAGCUCAUUACUCAGUACCCAAUGUGUUUCACAAUCUGGUUUGCUAAUUGCCUUUAUUUCUUAAAUUUAUUUAUUAUCUUCCACCCUAUUAGCUGUUUGAAAAGGUCUUAUGAAUGGAAAUAACUAUACUUUAUAUUUGUGACAAUCGUGUGCUAGAAAAUAAAAUGAACAUGUUCCUGCAAAAAAAGCAGAAAUGACGUUUUGUACGUGUUGUUAUUUUGAAUAUUGGAUUGUGUGUAAUGUGCUGUUCUUUUUGUAAGAUAACCAUGUAACUCAACAAGUUUUCAUUUAGUUGCAUUAUCCUCUAAAGAAUGUACUUCAUUAAAGCAAUGAGUCUCAAAGUGAUAUACUGUCCCUUUAGGAGUGUGCAAACUUCAGUUGUAAGGGAUCAGUUGCCAUAUUUGAAGCCAAUUUAUGCACCAAAAAUAGGAAGAAAUUCUAAAUAAUGUAAAAGAAUUGAUGAGAAAUAAUUUGAAAUAUUCAAUUGUAGGGUAAACAAUAUUGAUUUUUAAAUAAAAUCCACUGUAUUUAUCCAAUCUUUAACUAUGUAUGCUAAUGUAAAUACAUUUUAGAGAUAACCAUAUGUAUAUAGAAUCUGCUUGUAAAAACACUAAUUUAUUUUUAACAUUGUAUUCUUAGGCAAAUAAGGGUAAUACAUGAAAUAGCAAAAUCUGAUUGUCCUGAAAGCCUGAAGCACCUAUCGAUGUUCCCGCAGUUUGUACACUGGCUGAGAAUUUGCUAUUCUCCUUUCUUGUUAUUGUGCAGGCAGAAUAUCCAAUAAAUCCUCUGUGAACAGCUCUACAUUUAUCCUGAAGUGAUAUUCAGAUACUUGUAUGUUUCAAUCAUAUUAUCUAGUACUUGUCCUGUUUGCAUUUAAGGAAAUAGUGAUUGUUAAAUGUGACCAAAGUACCAAGAAAUGCCUAGCAUAGAUUCUAUUAAGCAAUGAUUAUGCAAUAAAGGGAAUUAAAAAUAUUGUAUGAAGUGCUUUAAAUAGGGGUUAAUAAGUAACUGCCAGGAAUUCUACUAUAAUGCAAUAUGCUCAGGUAGUAAUGUUGCUUAAUGAUUUUUUCUCCUUAAAAAGGUGUUUAAAAUGUUCAAUAAUACAGUGUAAUGAAGAAUAUUCAAUAAAGACAUGAAUAGUUUUG